UAAUAGAAAAUAUUCUUGAAAAACUCAAACAGUCCACAGCUGACUAGUUCAUUUUGAGAAAAUUUCACUGUGUAAAGAAUACUGAGCUCACUCAAAUGGAAUCUGAGGUAGUUGAAGCCUCAUAUCAACAUUCAAAAUGUAGCAGACUUACAAACCAAGCUCAGUUUUCAUCAACUUCAGUUAAAGAUUCAAUCUUGACCAUUCCUAUUCUGCCACCAGAACUCAUCACUGAAAUACUCUUAAGGCUACCAGUGAAAUCCCUCUUGAAAUUCAGGGCUGUUUCAAAAUCUUGGCUUUCUUUAAUCUCUAGCCCUGAAUUUAUCAAGAACCAUCUUAGUGUAUCUGCUAAUAACAAGGAUUAUACCCACCAUAGGGUUAUAUGGAGUUUUAGACAAGGGUUCUUGAAUCUUAAAGAUUGUACUCUUAAUUCUUUUUUUUCUGAGUCUGUUACGGAGGUAUUUGACUUGAAUUAUCGCAUGACAUCCGAUGGAUUGUACGACCAAUUGCCUCAGUUUGAAACGAUUGUAGGCUCCGUCAAUGGAUUGAUUUGUCUUGCGGAUGAGAAAAAUAAUGUGUUUCUAUGGAAUCCAUCUAAUAGAAAGUACAAGAAAUUGCCUACUCCUAGACCUGCACUGCGGUUUGAAAUGUGGCGAAUGAAUGGUUUCGGAUAUGAUGAGCUUCAUGAUGACUAUAAGCUAGUGGGUACCUUUCGUAGGUGUGGCAGGUUCAAUCGAGGUAGGCUCAAAUUAUAUAGUCUAAAGAGCGAUUCUUGGAGAAGUGUUGAUCCUUGGGCAAAUGUUGCUGAUCGUAGAAGUCGGGAGCAAUUAGAUGUUUCAGGUAAGUUUGUGAAGGGGAAACUUUACUGGCCUACUGCUACUGUUGAUGGUCUGUAUGUUUUUUAUAAGGAGUGGAACAUCACUUCUUUUGAUUUGGCUAAUGAGAAAUGGGGAAAGGUGGAGCAUCCCUGCUACGAAGAGGGAGAUAUUGAUUUGUUGCUGGAAGUGUUAGGUAGUGAUCUUUCUGUCUUUUGUAAUAACCAUGGAAAACAUAUAUCUAUUUGGAUUAUGAAGGAGUAUGGGGUUAAAGAAUCUUGGACAAAGAUGUUUACCAUCAAUUAUCCUGAUCGUUAUGUGGGGGAUCGUCAUGUUUUUUUUCUGCCUUAUUUCAUGUCAAAUAAAGGUGAAAUUUUGGUCAUGUUUCUGUUUCAUACAACUUCCAUGAUAUACAAUCCGAAGGAUGAUUCUUUAAGAUAUUCAAAGGUUAUUGAGUUUAAUGGCGGUCCUAAGGCAGAAGUCUACGUUGAAAGUCUAGUUUGUCCUUUCUCUAGAGAAGGGGCUGCGGAUGCAACAAAAACACAAAAGGCUACAAAAGCUUAGAUCAAGUGGGUUGGAAGGAGAAAGCUAUUGAGGAAACACAUUAAGCUGUUCAGAUCACGAGAGUAGAUGGUGAUACCAAUGAACAGGGGAAUCUAGAGAAAUUUGGUUAAGCUGUUGUCUUCUAAUUACUAAAGUUCGAAUUCUUUUCAUCUUUGUUAUUUUAAACAAGAAGUGUCGCUGCUAUAAAGAAUUCUUUUAGCUUGUUUCUAAAUAGAGCAGCGAGUCAUAUAUGUAACUUGACCUUUUUUAGUACUCUUAGGUGCUAUGGUAAUGUAUCAUCAAGUGAGAGAUCAAUAGCCUUGUUUAAUGCUUUUCACGGGAAGUCUAUUUGUUUUGAUAUCAAAUAUUUAGUGUGAUUAUGUAAAGUCUGACCAAAGUCAAUGUAGCCAAGUAUAUGCUAACAAGGAAAAAUAGCUUAUCCUUGUUGGAAAGCUAUUUCAAGAAUUUGAACAUGGAUCUACUUACUGUUCUGGUUCUAUUUGUUGACUUGCAUCCUUUGUGAGGCACUAAUUUGAGCAAAAAGGGGAGAAAUGAGACGUAGCCUACAUAACUUUAAUUGUUUUAGUGGAAACUGUACGGGGGGAAAUGGUUAAAAAGCCAAAAGGUUUGUGUGUGGAAAUUCCGUGUUAGAUUUGGUGGAGCUAGGGAGGGUCAUGCCUUCUGUGAAGUGCUCCAGCUCUGAAUUAAAUAACCCAUUUCUAGGCGGGUCAAUAUGUUGCAUGUGGAUCAGCAUGGGUAUCUCUUGUAACUCUUUCUUAAAACUUAUUUCUUAAGGAAUUUAUCAUAUUAAGUAUACCAUUUAUGCAGCACUUUCAUGCAGUUUGACAUCAGGUUACUUCAGUACCUUGGAUUUGUUCAUUUUCACUGCUUAGGACAUGGACAGAAUCGUCGUUGACAUAUCUGAAAUGUAGGGAAAUAGAGCUUAGUCUUUUUCUUUUCUUAAACAAGGCCAGUAGAGCUCUUCAUGUGUUGCUUUCUAGAUCUACACUGCCUUUACUUGUCAUAUGUGAUGUCAAUGAGGUUUUUUGUUAACAGUUAUGUAU